AUGGACAACAAAACAGAACGUUUAGUAUGGGUUGACUUAGAGAUGUCUGGGCUGGACAUAAGCAAAGAUCACAUCUUAGAAAUGGCUUGCUUGAUCACAAAUGGCGGCUUAGAUGUUGUAGCAGAAGGGCCAAAUCUCAUCAUAAAUCAACCCGAUAGUGUGUUGGAUGGCAUGGGGGAUUGGUGUAAAAAUCAUCACGGACAGUCUGGUCUCACGGAGGCUGUAAAGAAGAGUAACAUUUCAUUAGCAUCAGCAGAACAGGAAAUGUUAAAAUUUACACAACACACCCUUCCUAACUGUGCAAUACUUUCGGGUAACUCCGUACAUGCUGACAAAGUCUUCCUGGAUAAAUAUAUGCCGCAGUUUAUGGCCCAUCUCCAUUACCGAAUUGUGGAUGUCAGCACCGUCAAAGAACUCUGUCGUAGAUGGUAUCCUGAAGAAUUCAAAAAAGCACCCACGAAAAAAUUAUCUCACCGAGCUCUGGACGAUAUUAAAGAAAGUAUAGAAGAGUUACGGUUUUACAAGUCAUCAAUAUUCAAAUGAAGGGGAAAUGUGCCUUGGUUUGAGGGUAGCAGUACUUACACACUUCAGUUUAUGAAAGGAAACUCAAAUGAAUUCUACUGGAAAGUUCAAUAUGUGCAAUUAAAACACUGGAUGGAAUUGAAUUUUCUGUAUGAUCACUCAGAAAUUUGAUAGGUUUUCAAUCUGUGAAUAUAUCUAUAGCACCAUUUCCAAAAUUUUGGUGAGUCCAGUUAUAAAACAAAAAAAUUCUCGGAAUGUGAACGAAUUACACAGAGAAAGCAUGAGGCCAGGACUCCAAAAUUUGAGUCUCAAAAAUCACUGUCACUUACAAAGAUCUGGCCUGGAAUCAACAGUAACAGAUGAAGAAGAACCAUUCUACAAUCUUUCUGAUGAAAUAUUGCAAAUUGUUUGAAUAAUAUAUUGGAAUCUGUUCCCUAUCCUGCUGAUGGGGGUGUUUGCUUUAAUGACACCUGUACAUACUAAUACAUGAAGGGGAAUUGACUGACCCUACAGAUUGAGGGGUAUUUUAUUUAUGUAAUUUAGUAAACUGUACUGCAAAAUUAUUUAUGUCUGUUCCAAAUGAUCGACUUUUAUUUACCCCUAUAUGCCUGUCUGGCUAAUAUUUUUGUGUAUUGAUCUGGAAAACUUACAAUUUUACCUUACUAAAUGAAUUUGUACAUAUGUAUCCAAACUUUGGCAGUAGAAUAUAGAAGGUAUAAUGAUAAGCUGAGAGAGUGUAGAUAAUGUAAAGACAGAAAUGCUCCCUUACAGGUACAGAGGACAAAUUUAAUGUUUCAUUGAUAUGGUCAGAAUUCCAAAACCUGUUAAUCAAUAAAACCAUCUAUGUUUAAAGUUGUUUGCUUAUUGACUUUCUACUAUGAAAAAACAUUUAUGAGAAUAAAUUAAGGGUACUGUAAGGAAAACUUCGUUUGUUUAUUGUGAGUAUGGUAUAGAGAACUAUGAUAGAAAUAAACUUUCUCUGUACAUUGUGUAUGGUUUUACCUGCAUAUUUUUAUACUGAUGGGUCUGCCAAGGGCUUUUAGCAACCUUUUAAGCAAUAUAUGAUUCUCCA